AUGAUCGGCUUUGAUCGGCAGGCGCGGCUGGGCGUUGAUCACGAGGAGGGUUUUGUUAAUGGUGAUGGACAUGGAUCGGAGAUUGGGUUCGUCAUUGAUUGUUGGUACCCGGUGUGGUUCGAUCAUUUGGUUGAGAUUUACGGGUAUGGAGAUGGAGAUGGAUCUGGGUACACUACAAGUGCCAUGCUAGUUCGAAAGCCACUGCUGUUGAGCCAGAGGCAUCGCCGUCCACUCCUAGCUGACUCGUGGAAAACGAAGCAAACAAGAUCCGCUAGUGAUUUCGAUAUGGCUGUGCUACCUUUCACCUAA